UAUGCCAGUAAUGAAACAUAUGUGCACUCUUAUGUCAAUCCAUGUAGGUUAAAGUAAUAAUUGUGUAAAUAUCCACCACCAACAAGACCCACCAACAUUGCAACGAAACCGACAAUACCUUAUUGAUCACACAGCUGACCAUCUACCCAGUGCGUUCAAUGAAACGUGCCUUGUUACAAUAACUUUACAACAAACCAUGGGUCCUUUUGUUUUCUGUUGAGUAAUAAUAUCUUAAGUGGGCAGUCGUCCGUGUGAAUGGUAUGGAUACCAGUGGACAUUACUGGACAGUCGUGGACAGUUUUCAUAUCAUUGGACGUUAGUUACAGCAGGGAUCAUUGUUGCUAUCAACGGACAGUCCGAGAACCUGAGCUCUGUCUUGGUAUUCAAAGAGAGUGCUGACCUCUGUCAUAAUUUUGGAAGCAGGGGAUAAUAUUGAGAUUUGAAGGCAGUCUUUAUAUUUGUGGACAUUACUAAUAAAAGUGGACGGUUGUUCGAGCAGUGGACAUUACUGGACAGUAAUAGGGGACAGUCCUGACGUCUGUGCCUCAGGUGACCACUAAACUCAUAGGUGCUGCCUGUUUCAUCAACCAACAAAGUCAAAACCAAAAAUGCUGAUGCUUCUAAUCCUUGCAACGAUUCUGACCGUUUCCUCGAAUCAGGAAUUCGAUGAAGCCUUCUACAACUCUUUGGGUCCUGGUUACUCCUAUACUUAUCUCCAGACUCCUCCAACAGAGAAAUUCUACCCAAGCCAAAGUCUUCUAGAAUGUUCUCUCAUCGCUCUAAACAGUCAAUCGGAAUUCUUUACUUACAGCAAAGUCAACCGUACUUGUAAGAAUUACUCACCCAAAAAUAUUAUGACGGUCAGCAGUGGACAGGACAAGAACGAGAUGUCCUACUAUAGAAGCAUUGAAUGGAUUAAAACCUAUGCUGUGUCAAAGGGGGCGAACUCAUUAAUCUAUAAUUCCGUAAUGAACGUAGGCGAUCCUUCAACAUGGAACGUGGACAAAUGCGUUGGUGGCUAUUGUCCGAAUUUUUUCCGACACCCUCUGCUUGAUAUCUGGAACGAACUUCCGAUUGAUGAGGUGAAACUUGUGUUAUACGAAAACCAAACAGCUGUGGUAACGAUGGUGUUUGAUGGACGAGAUACAACCCUUGAAAGUUGGUUCUCAAUUGACAAGCUGAAAAGUUCCCCAUGGAGUGAUCUACCAGUAGAGAACACCAAUUAUUUCUCCAUAGCUGGAUUUGGCGACGCCCGCCGUUUUUAUGUGUCAAACCAUCAUCGGAGUUGCCCAUAUGACAUUGGUUGGUUGUGUAUUAAUGAAGCUAACGAACGUUUUGAAACCUGCCCUUGGGAGACAUCGAACCCUUUCCCUGCAUUCCACUACUCUAAGAGUGGUUCCAAAACCACUUGGAGCAAAGGAAUUGCACUUGCUGAUUCCAUGGCCAUCUUCAUCCGUCUGAGACAAAACCAACCAAUCCCAGUUUAUGUCUAAUGCAAGCACCGUUGUUGUUGAGCACCAUCCAUACCAAUAUGACCACCACCACUGAGCACGUGUCAGCUAUUGUCACCGAAUAAAGUUUCCACAUUAACCUUUCGAUCCGAAAUCCUUCUCUUCUGGUUCUCUUUCUAGCUUCUUUGGUGACUCCAAAGAGUUGAGUUACAUCACACUAUGAAAAAUAUGGAACGUACACUCUCUCAGGGAGAUACGAUAUCUUUAUAUAUAAAAGAGAGGU